CCUACCUCUGGACUUCCACUCCCCUGCCUCCCUCCUGCACUACUACUGCUCCCCUGGUCUCUAUAGUCGACCCUGCUCCAGACAGAGGGAUCAUGCCUACCUCUUAUCAAAGGAUGCUCUCAAAGAGCUUGGAGGAGAGGUGCAAUCGGAUCCUGAGAGACAUGGAGUGUUCAUUGACAGCUCGAGACCGUGUGGGCAUCCAGGACUUUGUGCUGCUGGACACCUACACCAGUGAGACAGCUUUCCUGGACAAUCUGAAGAAACGCUUCAACGAAAAUCUCAUAUAUACCUACAUCGGUACCCUCCUGGUCUCUGUUAACCCUUAUAAGGAGCUGGGCAUCUAUACUAAGAAGCAGAUGGACAUUUACAUGGGAGUCAACUUUUUUGAGCUGCCACCUCAUAUCUUUGCACUGGCUGAUAACGUCUACCGCACCAUGACCAGCGAGAGCAGCAGCCACUUCAUCCUCAUCUCCGGGGAGAGUGGUGCUGGAAAAACAGAGGCAUCCAAAAAGGUCCUUCAGUUCUACGCAGUCAGUUGCCCCAGCACCAGGCUGCUGGACAGUGUACGGGAUCGACUCCUUCUCUCCAACCCCGUGCUGGAGGCUUUUGGGAAUGCCAAAACGCUGAAGAAUGACAACUCUAGCCGUUUUGGAAAGUACAUGGAUAUUCAGUUCAACUACCAGGGCGCCGCCGUUGGUGGGCACAUCCUGAGUUACCUGCUUGAGAAGUCCAGGGUGGUCCACCAGAAUCGUGGUGAGAGGAACUUCCACAUCUUCUAUCAGCUGCUUGAAGGAGCAGAGGAGGAUCUUCUGCGCUGGCUUGGUCUGGAGCAAAACUCUCAGAAAUAUGCAUACCUGAUUCAGGGAGCAUGUGCCAAAGUGAACUCGAUUCAUGACAAGAGUGACUGGAAAACCGUGCAGAAAGCUCUGUCAGUUAUUGACUUUAGUGAGAAGGAUAUUGAGCAUUUGUUUUCAAUUAUCGCCAGUGUCCUCCAUAUUGGAAAUGUUCAGUUUGAGGCCGGUUCCCGGGGUUAUGCCACGCUCAACAGCAAUGAAGAGAUACGUUGGCUUUCUAAGUUGUUGGAGCUCCCUGCCCACGUGCUGCGGGAGGGUUUGACUCACAGAAAGAUUGAGGCCAAAGCCGAAGAGGUGCUGAGCCCCUUCACUGUUGAUCACGCAAGAUAUGCCAGGGAUGCCCUAGCCAAAGCCAUCUAUGGCCGCACUUUUACAUGGCUGGUCAAUAAAAUCAAUGCGUCUUUAGCCAACAAGGACUUAACCAGGAAGACAGUGAUAGGCCUUCUUGACAUCUAUGGAUUUGAAGUGUUCGAUGUCAACAGUUUUGAGCAGUUCUGCAUAAAUUAUUGCAACGAAAAACUCCAGCAGCUCUUCAUCCAGCUCACCAUCAAAUCAGAGCAGGAGGAGUAUGAGCUGGAGGGCAUCGAGUGGGAGCCAGUGGCAUAUUUCAACAACAAAAUCAUCUGUGACCUGGUGGAAGAGAAACACAGAGGAAUCAUUGCAGUGCUGGAUGAGGAGUGUUUGCGUCCAGGAGGGGCCACUGAUCUCACUUUCCUGGAGAAGUUAGAGGAAAAGCUACCUGGACAUCCUCAUUUCAUCACACACAAGUUGGCUGACCAGAAGACCCGGAAGACCCUGGGCCGAGGGGACUUCCGCCUUGUACACUAUGCUGGGGAGGUCACUUACAGUGUGACUGGAUUUCUUGACAAGAAUAAUGAUCUCCUUUACAGGAACAUCAAAGAUGUUAUGCGGCAGUCUAAAAACACCAUCAUACAGCAGUGCUUCCCAGCUGCAGAACCCGACAACAAAAAAAGGCCUGAAACGGUGGCUACCCAGUUUAAGAACAGCCUGGCAGGCCUGACCGAGAUUCUUAUGUCCAAGGAGCCGUGGUAUGUGCGCUGCCUGAAACCCAACGACAGCAAGCAGCCAGGCCACUUUGAUGACAAUAUGGUGAGGCACCAGAUCAAGUACCUGGGCCUGAUGGAACAUCUGAGAGUGAGGCGGGCUGGCUUUGCCUACCGCAGGAGAUACGAGGUCUUCCUGAAAAGGUAUAAGGCUCUGUGUCCAGACACGUGGCCCAACUGGAAAGGGACACCAGCUGAAGGUGUGAAAUGCCUCGUUGAACACCUUGGCUACAAACCCCAUGAGUACAAGAUGGGCAGGACCAAAAUCUUUAUUCGCCAUCCACGGACACUGUUUGCCACUGAAGAUGCCUUUGACAUCUGUAGGCAUGAGCUAGCUACUCGAAUUCAAGCCAAAUACAAAGGCUACAAGGUAAAGGGAGACUACCUCAGGCAGAGAGAAGCAGCUACUAAAAUUGAAGCUUGCUGGAGAGGUCUUCGGGCCAGAAGAGAGCGGGAAAGAAGGGCGUGGGCUACCAGAGUCAUUAAGAAGUUUAUCAAAGGCUUCACAAACAGGAAUCAACCAGUUAGCAUGGACAACUCUGAGUAUCUGGCCUUCGUACGUCAAAGCUACCUCAUGCGCCUCAAAGGCAACCUUCCCACAUCUGUGCUGGACAAACGGAGCUGGCUAACACCCCCACCUGUCAUGCAGGAGGCCUCUGCGCUCCUGCAGAAACUCCAUAAGCGGUACUUGGUGCGGAGGUACAUGCAAGGGAUCACACUGGAAAGGAAAGCACAGCUGCGAAUCAAAGCACUAACCAGUGACAUAUUCAAAGGCAAGAAGGAGAGCUAUCCCCAGAGUGUGCCCCAGCCUUUCGCUAACACCAGGCUCAAUGAGCAGGACAUGAACAUGCGUGUGCUACAGCUGAUGGGCUCUGAAAGUAUCAAGUACAGUGUUCCAGUGAUAAAAUACGACAGAAACGGAUUCCGCCCUCGAUAUCGUGUGCUUAUUUUCACUCAGAAAGCUGCUUACUUAGUGGAGGAGGCCAAGAUCAAGCAGAGAGUGGAAUACACCUCACUGAAAGGUGUAUCUGUCAGCAAUCUGAGUGAUGAUUUCCUGAUUCUCCAUGUCACAUGUGAAGACAUCAAGCAAAAAGGGGAUCUGGUCCUACAGUGCAAUUAUCUUUUUGAGGCUUUGACCCAGCUGUGUGUGGUGAUGAAAAACCGCAACCUGGUCAAAGUGGUUCAAGGAAGUGUGAGGUUUGACAUCCAGCCAGGCAGAGAAGGCGUGGUGGAUUUUAAGAGCAGCAGUGAAUUUAUGGUGUACAGGGCAAAGAAUGGACACCUGAUGGUGGAAUCUGCUCGGACAAAAUCUCGAUGACCCCUGAACAAUGGAUGUUUGACCAGGCUGUAAACUGAUUGACUUAGUGCACCUACUAUUAUACUGUAGAUGAUGAGAAUACUGGAUUGUGGAUGUAGAAAGGAAAUGCAGAGACAAGACACCUCUCUCUUUCCUAACACUACCACAUCACAAACUAUCUCAGACUCAUACUUAUAAAGGUAAAAUUACUUGCUCAAUUACUUGCUCUACAGUACAAUGGAUUUUCAAUUACAUUUCAAACAGCUGUUUUCUGUGUUCAUAAACUAUACAUAUUCCAUGAGUCAUGGUGGAAACAGACUUAGAUAUUAAGAUGCACAGUACUGUAAUGCUUACAGAAGGCACAGUGAAAAUGUAUGCUUAUAAACUAAACUUAUAAACUAAAAAUUGGAAGUGUUUGCUUAGCCCCCUUGACAUUAAACUGCCUGUGGAUGUUUCCUGUUUGGGUAUAAUAAUUUACUGAACUGCAUUAAUGUGGCCAAAAAAAGGUCAUUAAGAUUUUCAUAGUACAAAAACAUGGUCUUAUCAUAAAAAGUGCCUAUAUUCGAUUUAGAGGUAUGUGAAUUUAAAUGGAAGUCAGUGCUGUUGUAUUGUCCACAGGUCCAUGCUUACAAAUAAAAUCAUUUCAUAGAACUUUGAAAAUCAAUGUAUAAACAGCAUAGUUUAUCUUUUUUUACUUUUUAGAUUCUCCUCUAAGAAAUCAGUAACUCACACUAUACUUUGAUUCUUAAAUGUAUGCUGAACAGAAUAUGAAAUAAUAAUAAAUGUGUACAAAUAUUAUUGUACAACAAAUAAUUGCUCAAUCUUACCACAACAGCAAAAUAACAUCUGAUUUAAAGUACACUUUCAUAUGCACAAAACACUUUGUGAUUCAGAUGUGAUUCACCAUGUGUGCAUUCCAUUCCAAUGAUUGUCACAGGAAAUAAAUGAA